UAUGGAGGAUAUAUAAACAAUGUUCACCAGCGAUUCAUUCAGAAUAGAAGAUAGAGCGGGUAAAGUUUGUAGCGUAGAGGCAUCCUGUUCACUUUUGUGUUGUCAGCCUUAUCUCAAUCUAGUUGAGGUUCAGGGACGUAAGGCGGUUUUGAUUUGCAAGUGGGCCAGAUCUGUCUGAUACACUGCUCUCAGAAUGCAUCCGUUCACCACUAUAGCUGUGUUGGUCCUUGGUUGCUUUGCAGUCCUGGGCAACUGUGCCCCGAGCUUGAAUUCAAAGAGAACGAAUGCGGUUUGUCGAGUUGAAGAACGAUUACUGCGACAGAUGAGACACAAGGUCCACGUGUUGUCUAGAGAUGCUCAAAGGCAGGACGAGGACACGGACACCAGGCUGGUGGGAAAGGAGCUAUUCCGAGGGCUAGAGGAAUCUGGCAGCUGCUACGUGCUCAGAGAAGUGAUUGACUUCUAUCUUAUAACAGUUCUGAACUCCGCCGAAUUGCAGACCAAGUACCCGCACCUGGACGAGGUGAAGGAGUUUCUCACCGUCCUGAUGAAACGGCACAUGUCUGAUUGCGAAACAGAAGAGAAAACGAAAGCCAACGAAAAGAUUGACGGACUGAAGCAGAAAGUGGACCAGCUGGGCGAGGCGAGUAAGGCCAAGGUUGUGGGGGAACUUUUCAUCCUCCUUCAGGAGAUAGGGAGCCGCUGCUCAACUGUGGAAAGAUAACCUGGUGACGAGGGGAAACCAGGAAUCGAUGGAUGAGGAAAGGGCUCAAGACACAAGGACACUGUGAUACUUUCUCAAGAACACAUUUUGUUAACUUAACAAAUGAAAUAUUUAUUUCUGAUGUAUUUAUUGUGUAUAACGUUAUACACAUCAUUGUAAUUACUUACAGUAAGCUAUGUAGCAAUCUAUAUUGUAUUGCUAAU